AUGGAAUCACAAGAAACUACCAUUAAAGUACUUUUAUGUAGAAGAGCAUCAGUGGCAGCGGCCCUAAACCCUCCAGGUUUGCCCUCACCAUGCAACACAAGGCCACAACGCCCCUUUUUACAUCGCAUCCUCGGAGUAUUUAAAGACCACCUUUCUCCCAGCUCUAAAAGACAGCUGAGCACACGGCUGUAUCCCACCAAGACCUGCGGGGCGGGCCGGGCAGAGGCAGGGCUCCGUUCCCGGCUCCUCCUCCUCCCCGCGGAGCCGCCGAGGGUCGCGCAGAGCUCGGCGUGGAAGCGCCGCCGAUUUGUCACCAUGAACCUCUUGCCAUUCGAGUCCCUCUGUGUUUUCCUGCUUCCCCAAGUUUGGUUGGCAUCGGGCACGCAGGAAAUCUAUGCUGACCAGGAGACGAUUGGCAAGAUCUCAGCUGCUGGCCAAUUGAUGUGGUGCUCAGCUUCUGUUGAUAUCCUUUUCCUCUUGGAUGGCUCCUACAGCAUUGGCAGAGGCAGCUUUGAAAGAUCGAAGCACUUUGCAGGCAAGCUCUGUGAUGCCCUGGACAUCCAUCCGGGCAGGGUCCGCGUAGGAAUGGUACAGUUUAGUUCUGCUCCCCACCUUGAGUUCUCAUUGGAUUCCUACCUAACCAAACAACAAGUGAAAGAGAGGAUCAAGAGGACAGUGUUCAGAGGUGGCAGCACAGAGACUGGUCGGGCUCUGAAAUACAUUCUCCGUAAGGGAUUCCCUGGUGGCAGGAACUCGACUGUCCCCAAGAUCCUGAUCAUCAUUUCGGAUGGGAAGUCCCAGGGCAGUACCGCAAUGCCUGCCAUGCAGGUGAAGGAGAGAGGAACAACAGUUUUUGCAGUGGGAAUCAAGUUUCCAAGGUGGGAGGAGCUGCAUGCUCUGGCCAGUGAGCCCACUGAGCAGCACGUGCUCUUUGCCGGCGAUGUCAGCGAUGCAGCCAAUGGUCUGUACAGUGCCCUGAGCAGCUCCAUCUGCAGCGUCACCACACCAGGUUGCAACAUUGAAUCCUUUCCUUGUGAACGCAGAACUCUGGAGACUGAGAAAGAACUGGCUGGAAGCUAUGUCUGCUGGAAAGGCUCAAAGCAGCAGAAUGCAGUGCAUGCUUCACUGUGCCCUUUUUACAGAUUGAAAAGAGUCUCAAUAAAACACCCAUCCAGAUGCUUCCGAACCACAUGUACAGACCCUUGUGACUCCCAUCCGUGCCAGAAUGGGGGUACGUGUGUCCCAGAGGGACUGGACAAGUACCACUGCCUGUGCCCUGUGGGAUAUGGAGGAGGCAUACACUGUGCGCCAAAGCUGAGCCUUGAUUGUGGUGUGGAUCUCCUUUUCCUGAUGGACAGCUCAGCAGGGGUCACACUGGAGGGAUUCCUGCGUUACAAGGCGUUCCUCAAGAGGUUCUUUCAAGCAGCAAUGGGCCGGGACUCGCCUGCAAAUGUGGGGGUGGCCCAGUAUGAUACCAACGUCAGGAUACCCGUUGAAGUGGGACAACACAAGGAUGUGUUUGGUCUCAUGAAGAGCAUUGAUGCUUUGAAUUUCAGCGGGGGAGGAACCCUGACGGGCAGAGCCCUGCGGUACAUUGCACAGCAUGGUUUUAGGAGCACCCCAGUCUUUGCAGAUGUGCUGGAUGAUCUCCCACGUGUGGUGGUCUUGCUCACUGACUCCAAGUCCCAAGACCCAGUGGCAGAAGCUGCCAAGUAUGCAAGGGACAGAGGUCUCUUGUUGAUCGGUGUAGGCAGCAGCUUUGUGAAGGCAGAGCUGGCUGAAGUGACUGGCAACCCAAAGCAGACCAUUGUCUACUCAGACCCCCAGGAUUUGUUCAACAGGAUCCCAGAGCUGCAGAGAAGAAUUUGCAGUGUGAACAAUCCUGAAGGCUGCCAGGUGCAGUCUCUUGAUUUGGUAUAUGCAAUGGAUGCCUCAGCUGGAGUUGGCCUGGUGAAUUUUCUGCAGCUGAGGGACUUUGUCAGGAAAAGCUCUUGGCACUUCACCAUCAACUGGGAUGUCACCCAAAUUGCCCUUGUGGCCUAUGGCAGCAGAGCUUACACUGUGUUCGCAUUGGACACCCACACAAACAAUUCAGCUCUCCUCCAAGCCAUCAACCAGGUGCCUUUCCUUGGAGACAUUGCCUCUGCCAGCAGUGCCUUACUCCAAAUUAACAGAGACAUGGUGACAGUGCAGAAGGGAGCAAGGCCUGGUGUCAGCAAGGUGGUGGUGGUGCUCACAAAUGGAGGUGGCAUGGAGGAUGCAGCUGCCCCAGCUCAGCAGCUGAGAGACAGCGGUGUCGUGGUGUUUGUGGUUGUCAUUGGGAAUGCAGAGAGGGACACCCUGCUGAGGGUUGCUGGGUCUCCCAGUUACCUGGUGUGCAUCUAUUCCUAUGAAGACCUGCAGCACUACCAAGACCUCAUCACUGAAAGAAUCUAUGAAGAAGCAAAAAGACCUGUGAACCUGUGCAAACCCAACCCGUGCAUGAACCAGGGCGUGUGCAUCCUCAGGCCGGGAAGCUACUGGUGUGAAUGUCAUGGCUGGGAAGGACUCCACUGCGAGAGCAGAGUUCCCUGAGGUGAUUCUCCAAGAUCUCCAGUCCUCCCUACAGACUCCCAUGUGCAGCAGAUUCCAGGCAGUUUUCAGUGCUUCUCUGGAGACCACCGGCACCUGAAAAGGUCCUGAGAUGCUGACCCAGAAGUGCUGUGAGCUCCAGUUCUGACCCAGCAAGACAUUGCUGCCCUUGGUUGAGUGACUGGGCCAUUCCCAGUUCCUGCACUGCACAAACUGGGCUUUCUGGUGCUCUCUUUCUUUUGGAAUCGAGUAAAUAUUUGAUAUUAAGUAUUUAUUUUUGGCAUUUUUAUGUGUAAUUGUUAUAUUUUGAACGGACUCCUUGAGAGGUCUUAGACUGAAAACAUGUAGACAUCUGAACAAUUCUGGAGCUCCCACUGAUGGCAGAUUAUGGAGAUGGCAGCUCUGGUUCCCAGAGCAUAGGGGUGUUUAAGAAAGUGUUGAAGCAAUAGGCUGGGUCAGACUCUGAGUCAGCUGACGUCUUGGUGUUAGCUUUUGCCUCAUUCUGAAGAUUUGAUUGUUUUUCUAAGCUGAUACUUGAUCUUGGCCAGAAGUGAUAAUUUCAGUGCAAUAACUGCAGAAUGAAAUCAAGUACAGUCCCUGGUGAGCAGGGACUUACCUGGAGGAAGGGCUGACAUUUUGGUUGAAAGAGAAAUGAUUCUACCAAGAUCGUUCAUAUAGGCAGCGCUGCAUAAGCACUGUCUCCACUGCGUAAGUGUUAUCUGAAGGGAGAAUGGGUGAUACCAGGUUCACAGAUAACCUCAGAAGCCAUGGUUUGUGUUUGUGGAGAUGGCUGGAUUCCAGCUGAGCUGCGCAGGAGCCUCUUCCCAAUCUCUCUGUGCAUCCCCUGCUGGGUGCUGGGUCCAAGAUCAUGACUUCUUCCCUCACUGCCCCGUUUGCAGUCCUCCCUUUCUGCAGGGCUUUACCAAAGGAGAGCACAAACCCAUCAGCACAGCCCAGUGGCCCUGCUUGUAGGGGGCAAAGCACUCUGUGAGGUAAGGAGGUGUCAGGGCAGUGGGAGGAGAGGGAACAGCCAACCUGGUAAGUUGGGUUGGGGAAUGCUGGAUGUGCGCUGAUCCCACAGCUCAGCAGGACAUGGCUGAGCAGUUGUUGGAGUUGUUCCUGGCUAAUUUCUUGGUCCUUUCUCCUGCAAAUCUUAAUUAAAAAAGGGUAAGUGGCUCAGGGCUCUGACAUAACUCCUUAUUAAAUUAAUCCCCGCAGACUUGCUUUGAAUUCCAUCAGAAAUGUUUAAUGAGAAUGUGUCAGAAGGGAGCUCAUGCCCUGAAGGCUGGGGGAUGCUUGAGCCUGGAAAGCCAUGCAGGGGUCCCUGUGAGCCAGCACUAAUCCUGUCUGGGUUAGCAGGGCACAGAGCCCAUGGACAAGGCCAGCACGUCACUGGGUGUCAGGGCAGCUGCUAACAGAGCUGUGAAUUCCUCUUAAUCUGUAUGAUUCCAGCAUGAACCUUCACUGGUCAUGGGCCAGGUGCUGACUGCAGGGGAGAGCCUAUUUCUCCUGCAAGGAACUGGGAUUUAGGUAAGUGCCAUGAAUUUCACCCCCUUAGGUCUUACCUUCCCUUUAUCCUUGUGUUUCCUGUGCAACACAAGCAAAAUCAUGCCUGCUGUGACUAGUAAAUAUCACAUGAGCUCUCCUUACGGCCAGCUGUCUUCAGCUCACAACAAACAUGCAAAUCUUAUUCUCUACAGUACAGAUAAAUUUGUUAAUGCCCCAGCUAUUUAAGCUAACUUCUACAUCUUAACAAGAAAUGUUCUUUUUCAACUUUAAAAUGUGGCUGAGAUCCUAGGAAACUGCAUUUGUUAGCAGGUCAAGGUCAAGAUCCAUGGGGAUCAAGGCAGGGUUGUGCUAGGAAAGGCUGGACCUGAUACUGAUGGGCAGAGCUGCUGGGGAGCAAUCCUUGCUAACCCUUCUCCUUCCUUUCCAGCUAAACUCCUUCCUCCUUUUCCUGUCAGUGAUGGGAGCAGGCACCAAGCACUGCACACAGUUGCCACAUGGUGGCAAGCAGAAGGUGAGGGACUUCUCACACAUUUUCCCUCUGCUGAUUCAUUUUGUUAUUUGAGCUACAGGCAGGAGCCUAUUUUGUGUUAUUUGUGCAAACUACCAGGGAUCUUUUCAGUAGGUUAGCUGACAGAAAGGUUUUUCAUUUCCAUUGCUGUCACUCUCGAAUACUGAAUUAUUUGUUUAAGACUUAGUCCUUGUGG